AUGUUCAAAGGCCAUGAACGUCAGCGCGACGCCGGCGUCUUGCCUGAGCAGCAACGCGCCGAGGCAGAGCAGCAGGCUCUGAACUCACAGCCUGCUGUUGCACAGAAUGCCGCCAUUACCAGUUCUGAGGCUCCAGCUUUGGCACCUAGAGAAGAACCUGUUCGGGUCCUGAAUCAGGAUCCCGCGACGGAACCAAGAUUGGACGGUGCAACUCGUACCGGAAAGGGCGACGAGUCGACUCUAGGCACACGCCGCCCCCAGCAGCCUCGCGCCAUGAUUUCCGACGAUGGGCCUGAGCAUGUUGAUGCCCAUGCCAACGAUGCUCCUACUGUGAGCCACGAACUUGCAGACCAAGCCGCCAACAGACCCCUUGAAGAGAAAGGGUACGCUGAGAUCAACCAUGGAGAGGUCGAAGUCAAGAACCUUGGCUGGAACACGGACAACUCAAACAACGUCCCUAAUCCUCUUGUCGGUGGCCUGUCAAAUGAAGAGCUCUGGGUUCUGGUCCGCCGCUUUGACAAACAGUUGUUUCACGUCAAGGCCAUCCCAGAAGCACCGUUGGCUGAAUUGGACCUGAACAUUGCCGACGAGGAGGAAUUUUCUCCCGAUAAGUUGCGCUCUCACAUCGAAAGACUGUACAUGACGGUACUCGUUGGUCUGUUUUCUUUCUGGAAACACAUCGUUCGCCUGCGAUCGUGGCGCGAGUAUCGGCGCACAUCUGCCUUCUUGGCCGUCUACAUUGUUGCCUGGCUCUUCAAUAUCCUUCUUCCAACAUUCCUGAUUUUCCUGGGUACUCUAAUUCUCUACACGCCAGCGAGGAGCUUUUGCUUCCCACCGGCACCUCCAUCCCUCAUCGACAGUUCUACUGGGGGUGUCAAGACGCCGUCGGCCGGCCUACUCGCCUCUGACGACUCCGUCACCGGUGCCCCUCAGCAGUACCAAGGCGAGGCGGUUGAGAAAGAAGCUCACAGCUUUGUCACUAGCAUCUCCUCGCUUGUCGUUUCCACGGCAGCGGGGAAGCAACCUCAAGGCGAUCCUCCCCAAAACUCCUCCAUGGACGCGAACCUCGAAGCUGCCCCGGACCCGGCUGACGUUGCUGAAGAUAUCGUUGACGCCAAGGAUAAGACAGGCGGCGAAAAGCCGGGCACUCACGACAAGACGAAGAAACCCGUGACCCGCAAUGUCUGGGAUAAGGCGAGACCUGUGAUGCAUGGUAUUGCGGAUGGCUUCGGCUUUAUCAUCGGCUUCAGCUUCUUUGGGGACCCGGUCAUCCAGCGUGGCAUUGCUUUUGUCGAGAGAAAGGUGCCAGAUUGGCAGAAGUACAUUGAACUGCGCAACACGCUUCUCAAGGGUAUCCCCACGAACGCUCAGCUUACCAUUACCCUCCUCCGUAUCGGUGAACGCAACAAGGCACCCCUACCUCCUCCGCCACGUUCCGACCAAGCUCCCCCCGAUCAGCCCCACGAGACUGCCGGCGAAGGUCUCGAACAUUUAGGUCGGUCAUCCUCCCUGCGUAUGAACCCAUCAGUCCUAAUAUUUCUCCAAGGUGUAGACCAAGAUGAGAUCGACGAAGCUGUGCAGCCCGACGAGGAGCUCCUUGCGCCUGCCGAGUCGGAGACCCCCGAAAAGAAGCAAAAGAAAGGUCAUCGCAUCGUCAACUUCAUCAAGUCAACAGCCAAGGGCGGCAUCAACACAACCCUCACUGCUAAUAAGGUCAAGGCCAAGGUUGGCAGCCACCACGCCAAGGACAGGCUCGGUGUCGUCAAGAAGAUUGAUCAGCCUGAUCCGUCCAAGGGCCCCGUGCGCUUCCCAGCACGGUAUGGUGGAAAGCGCGGCCACGCAUACAUCACAGCCACAGCAACGACGCCUGCACUGAGCUGGACGUCAGAGAAGGAAGAUGCUCAUCCAAAGUGGAGCGUGACAGUCGGAGAGAUCGCGGAAAUUCAGAAGCUCGGCGGUUUGGGCUGGAAGUCUAAGAUUGUGGUCGGAUGGGCGACCAACCGUGAAGUUGCAGACUCACUUCUCAUUAAGGAUGACAUCGGCAACGAGUAUCAUCUUACUGCCAUCGAGACAAGGGAUGAACUAUUUAACAGGCUUGUUGCUAUGGGAUCGCAGAUGUGGGAGACUUGGUAA